CACAGGGACCUUAUUAGUUCACUUUCUUCUCCAUAAAAAAAAGAAAAAGAAAUCAUACAAUGAAUUUUUCAACCUUUUCCAUCUUAUUGUUCUCUCUUUCCUUGAUCAUAGUUUCUCAUGCUCCUUUGCCAACAUCAGGACUAACCUUGCAUGAAACUAUAUGCAAGGAAACCAAGGAGAACGAGGCAAGGUGCCUUGCACUUCUCAAAGAAGAUCCUAAAAUCGCUGCUGCUAAAGACAUCACUGAGCUUACAAAACUCAUCCUUAAGCUAGCCCUAAAAAAGGGCACAGAAACCCAAAAUUUCCUAAAAGAUAUGAUGAAAACAGACCCUUCACCAGACCUUAAACAAUGUGCAACUACCCUCUACGAUGGAGUCAUUGGAUCAUUCAAAAGUGCUUUGGGUGAAUUGGGUGAGGAUGAUAUGACAGCAAGUUAUGAUGCUGGAGUUGCCAGUGAUGGACCUUCAACUUGUGAAAGGGCAUUGAAUGCAGCAAAGACAAAUCCUUCUAUUGCAGCUCAUGACAAAGACAUCUUAUUGCUCAGUGCAAUUGCAUUUAAAUCCAUUGAGAAACUACCCUCUUAAUUAAGAGUAUAUAUAAUGUGAUUCAUUAUAUCAUUGCUAUAGGAGAAGGGUGUUGUCAAAUGUUUAGGUUUCCAUUGUUAGUGUCUCGUGUGGAAGGAUGCAAAUCAAUCAAACCAUGCAUUUCUCUAUUAUA